AUGGACAACUUAUUAAAUGAAUUAAAUAAAUUUAAUGUUAAAACCGAAGAAGAAAUAUUUGUCGACCAAUUUUCAAAAUUAACUGCUAAUGUUAACAACAAAAGUACAGAAAAUCAAUCAAAUCCUUUAAAGCCAUAUGCUACUCAUCAAAUGUUUGGUAAAGAUAUUCUCCAUACGACAACACCUUUAAAUCAAGAAAACGUUAAUAUUCCUUCUAUUAACACGAUCUCAAUGGAUAACAAAAUUUGGCAAGACCAAUUUAAAAAUAAAGAUUAUGCAGAAAUGAUAGGUUGGAAUCAACCACCAAAGGUAAUUGAUGAUGAGGAUUGGGGAAAUUUACCAGAUGUAAAUACUAGUGUGGAUCCAAAUAAUCAAUUUGGAAUGACCUGUUGUCUUAGUUCUGAAAUUCUUAAUUUGGGAAAUGCUAAUGUCCAUCAACCACGUAUUUUCGGAUCGGGAUUUGUUAGUAAGGCAAAAAGUUACGAUAAUAAUAGAACCGAAACUCAACUCAAUCAAGGAUUUGCAACUGAAGAUAAAUUUAAAAUAGCUAAUGAAUGA